CGCAUGCGCAUCGCGAUAGACACCACACUCGCGUCACGAUACCAGACCGAGACUCGAUACGGAAAGAGGCAUCGCACGGACGGAUAGAGAGGCAGCAGACCUGGUGGCUGGAGCCUAAAAUAAUGGACGUUUCAACAUUAAUGCUAUAAGAGGCGAGAGCGGUGUUUAAGGACCACCUCGACCAUGCACUCCUUUGUCUACGGAAUCAUGUCCCUGGUUUGGCUGUCUUCAAGCGGGGGAGGAGCGGAGCUCGCCCCCCCGGUGAACCUGACCCUGAUCACCAUGAACACCCACUUCAACCUGAGCUGGAGCCAGGGCGCCCGCCACCGCGGGGCCAACGUCAGCUUCUCGGUGCAGUACGUGCCGUCUUUCAAGCUGUCGAUGCCAGGCACCCAGUGGUUGACGGCGUGUGAGAACACGCCCCACACCUGGUGCGACCUGACACCCAGGAAGCUGUACUUCCAGGCCAUCUACACGCUGCGUGUCCGCGCCCACCGCGGGCCGCUGCGCUCCGGCUGGGUCCUCAAGGAGUUCUGCGCUGACAAGGAGGCGGCCCUGGGCCCUCCGUCCAGGGUUGACCUGGCCCCCGCGGGGGCACUGCUCGACGUGACGAUCUGGGACCCCCGGAGCAGCACCAAUGGCUCCAUGAAGGAGCUGUACCCCAGGAUGUACUACCGGGUGGUGUACUGGGAGCACUCCGACACUCGGAGCCCUGACACUGUGCUGGUGGACACUCGCGCGAACACGGUGACCCUCCCCGACCUGCGGGCCUGGACCUGGUACUGCGUCAGCGUCCAGUCGCGAUACGACUUCUACAGCAAGACCUCCGCCUUCACAACCCCACACUGCAUGCAGACGGAAGGCGCGGUGCCCUGGUGGCAGAUCCUGCUGAUCUUCUCCCUCUCUGGGCUGGUGGGCUUCGUGGGUCUCCUGGUGCUUCUAUACUCCGGCCUGUACUGCUACCGCACCGCCAAGGACACGCUGUUCCCCGCAGUGACGCUGCCGCCUCACUUCCAGGCCUACCUCAUGGACUUGUCCCCUGGCUCGGACGCCCCACGACUGCUCACCCCGGACUCUGAGUCUGAGCUGACCUGUGAUAGGCUGAGCAUCUGUCCCCAGGUGGUUCCUCUGGAGGUCCACCUGCCCCCGCUGUCUGCUUCCACAGCGCCCCCUUCAGGCCUGGAGGCAGAUGCAAGGCACAAUCGGCAGGACAGCGGUGGGAGCGGAGACUCUGGGGUCUACUCCACGGAGGGGGGCUCGGGCCCCCCGCGCCACUGCAGCCACGACCUCCCCUCGCUGGGCACCGAGGAGCCCUGGGACGGGGGGUCCACCGCGCUCCUGGAGCCGGUCAGCCUGGAGCCGGUCAGCCUGGAGCAGGUCAGCCUGGAGCAGGUCAGCCUGGAGCACAGGGGCCUGAAGGCCGAGGCGGCGGGCCCCUGGGGCGUGAGGGACGAGGGCAUCAUGGACAUGGGCGUCUGAGAAGGACAGAGGAAAGGAAAUGGAGCAGACAGCAGGGCCUUGCUAAUGGUCAGUGAUGCAGAGAAGAUCUCCCUCCAACUUUGAAACACUGAAUGGGAGGUAAAGACUAAGCUAGGGGACUCCUGUGGAAAUGGAUCCCUUUGUCCACCUGCUGAUCAGACAGAAGACCAUGUUUGUUGUGUUUUUAGAUGUUUUAAUCAUUUUGAACCAUCUCCCUUUUUCAUGAUCUUUGGCAAAGUACUUUCUGUGAAUGGUGCGAUUACUACCACAGCAUCCAUAGCAGAGAAAAUCAAACUGCAAUGAGCCGAAGUGACCGUUGAAAGAAUAAGGCACCAUCAUAAGCAGCACAUAGAUGUGUUGAUGCUAAUACUGCCUUCUCUGUUGAGCUCAUAGGUAAACCCCAAAAGCACUUAAUUCAGGGGAACAAAGUUCCUUAUUUCUGUGGGAAAGUUCCUUAUUUUUCCACAAGGGAAAAAAAUGGAGAAAGUUGUCAAACUGUGGAAAUUCUAUUUAAAAUAUAAUAAGUGUGUUACUCUCGGCUAAGAGCAUUUCUAGAGUGGUCGUUUCCUAUUGACUGUUACACACUCGCUCUCAUGGAAUCACAUCUGGCCCUUUUCUAAAACCUUGACAACUGUCGUCAUUGAAAUCUGUAACUCCUACGCCACAUGCACACCCCCUACCCCCUUCUGCCCAAAAAACAAUUGUGUACGUGCGCAUCAUUGCAUUAGCUCAGUAGGAAACGUAUGGAGAUUGAUGAUUGCUGUUCACUUGACCAUUAUUUAUACCAACAUUAAUUAUGUAAAUGAACUACAGCUGGUCGCAGCCCAAACAUCUCGGGAGAGGCUGAGGCAGAACACUCUUCUUUGGGGGAACUAUCUUACUUCCAUAAUAAAAUGUGUCAAUUGUUUUGGUUUGAAUCGGAAUUGUCAAACUUUUAGUUGAUGUGGAAUGUACAUUGUGUGUUUAUACAGAGCUGUGUUUGAAGGGAGAACGUAAAACUGAUUGUGAAUACAUUUCUACUCAUUGUCGAUUCUUAUAGAAUCUUAAAUCGUAUACAUAAACGUAUGUUUAUCGUUUCCCAUCCUGACCUUUUUUUUCAAUGUCGAUUUUUCUUGAUUUUGUCUUGGCUUUACUCAUCAAAAUGAAAGAACAUUCAGUUAUGAAGAUAGCUUUUGUUCUGAAACCUAGAAGCCAUCCAUUGUUUUUGUCAUCCUAUCAUUUGUAUUUAUUACAAUACCAUUCUCUUAACCUGUUUAAUUUACAAUGAAUCAUGAUAUUUGGGGUAUGCUACUCAUCUUUUGUAAAUCUAUUUUCUAGAGGUAAAUCCUCAAAUGUUCAUAAACGGUAUGCAACGGCACAUUUCAGUAGAAAACCAAAUUAUGGCUUUGAGACUUUAGUCAAACAAUUGAAGGAGGAACAUGAAGAAAUGAAGCCUCAAUAAUAAGUUGUAGCCACAAUAUAUCCAAAUGUCUUGAUCCAGUUCAUCUUAAAUAACUCAAGGGCAUUAUCUGGCAGGGGGUCCCCAAGGUGGUGGUGGUCCAAACACCUGCAGACUGUGAAGAGCUCUCCUUGUGUACCCAGCCUGUGGCUGGUCAUUAAACAUGUUUAUUGAGCAGAUGUUGUAAAGUCUGUACAGAGAAGCCUGUUGGUAAAAUGUGAAUUGUAUUUAGUGGUAGUGCUGUGGGCUGCUGCCAGGGGACUCUGCGGUGAGGAACGUAUUAAAGAGCUUUAGACAUGCUGACGGCCCUUUCUGGUCUUUGCUUGGACAGCCUUGGACUCCGUCGGGAAGAGGAGAAACCUGACCAGGACCGACCCUUGGUUUGGUUUAGCUAUAGGUUUAAUAAUACCUGGAUUGGUAUACGAUUAGUGAUGGUUAAGUAGGUAGCCCCACCUUGGUUAGAGAUGGAGAAGGUUAGGUAGUAGGUUA